AUGGGGACGCGGGCGGACGGCGGCGCAGCCAAUGGGGGCGGCCGGGGGGCGGGCGCGCGGCUGAGGCGCGGCGGCGAUGGCGGCGGUGGCGGGCGGCGGUCCGCGGCGGUCCGGCGGCUGGAGGCCGAGGCGGCCCGCGCCGUGCUGGGCGCCGUCGACACGCUGCUCUUCGACUGUGAUGGUGUGCUGUGGCGGGGCGAGGCGGCGGUGGACGGCGCGGCGGCGGCGUUGGGACGACUGGCGGCGGCGGGCAAGCGCCUCUGCUACGUGACCAACAACAGCAGCCGGACGCGCGCGGCCUACACUGACAAGCUGCGGCGGCUGGGCUUCCCGCCCGCCGAGCCACGGCACAUCUUCGGCUCGGCCUACUGCGCCGCCCGCUACCUCCGCCAGGCCCUGCCGCCCGGCGCCGCCGCCUACGUGCUGGGCAGCCCUGCGCUCGCCGCCGAGCUUGAGGCCGUCGGCAUCCCGCACGCGGGGCCCGGCCCCGCCGCCCUGCCCGGCCCCGCGCCCACCGACUGGGCCCAGGCGCCGCUCGACCCCGCCGUGCGCGCCGUCCUGGUCGGUUUCGACGAGCAUUUCAGCUACGCCAAGCUGUGCCAGGCGCUGCGUUACCUCCUGCGCGGCGGCCCCGACUGCCUUCUCGUCGGCACCAACCGCGACCACCGCCUUCCGCUCGAGGGCGGCACCGCCAUCCCCGGGACUGGCUGCCUGGUGAAAGCAGUGGAGACUGCAGCCCAGCGCGAGGCUUUCAUCGUAGGAAAGCCCAACCGGUACAUGUUUGAUUGUGUGGUGAGCGAGUUUGACAUCGAUCCCGCCCGUACCAUCAUGGUGGGAGACCGGCUGGACACAGACAUCCUCAUGGGCAAUACCUGCGGCCUCACCACCCUGCUGACACUCACUGGUGUCUCCACGCUGGACGAAGUGAAGGGCCACCAGGAGAGCAGCUGUCCCUCCAGGCAGAGCCUGGUUCCCGACUACUACGUUGAUAGCAUAGCCGACCUUCUCCCAGCACUGGGGGAUUAAUAGAGCAAAGUGCGUGCAGCCUCUGCAGUGGCACCUGGAAGAGGGCCCCUGUUAAUCACCUUGUGACAGUAACUGCUCACUAGGACACCACCUGGAGUUAGUAACCCUUAGCUUCUUAACCUUCCCGUCCUCUUGAUGUGAUUUUUGUUUACAUCUCAGUUUUUAAAUGCACUUUGAAGCAAAGAGGGCAUUAUGGUGUCACUGAGGGCUUGGGGCUUUUCAUUUUAAAUUAUAAGUAACACGUCUAUCCAAAUAUUUGUGAUGCUUGAUGUCACGUUGUCCUCUAGGCUGAGUCGGGGAAAGUAGAGCUGGUUGAUCGGAGAAAAAGAACCUAACACCCUGUGGUGUGUGCUGGCCUGGACAGGUCCUAGCUCAGUCUGGUUUAUUCAGGGAAAUGACUCUUGGAGCAUGUAGUAACUUUGCAGCUGUGUUUGGCAACGCUUGUGGUGGCUGCCAGAGGGAGCCGUUGGUCCUCAGUUGAUUUAAUUGAGGUUUUUUUCUUCCGGACAGGGUCCUGUUUAGCACUGCAGCACACUGCAAGCUCCAUCUCACAGGCACUGAAACCCCUCCCUCUCCUUUAGUUGACCAUUGCAAAUUGUAAUUUGUGAUGCAGAUUAGGACAAUUCCACUUGCAACAUACAAGCUGUGUCUUCUGUGUUGUCCAGGCAUUGGAUGUAUGUGUAAGGUACAUGUAUGUACAAGGACUGCCCUGAUCCUAAAUAUAUAUCAAUAUAUUUAAAUUAUAAAUUUAAGAAUAGUAUAUGUUAAUAUAUAUUGUUUCCCAGAAGGGAGGAUGAGAGGAAUGUAAUUGACUGAUGGCAGCAGAUGUAAUUCUCCCAAGCUUUUGCAUUUGGUAAUGCAGAAAGUCUGUAACCCCGUUGAACUGUCGAUCACUACCACUGCUUCCCAGGAGUAAGCGCAUCAAUUAGUCCCGAGUUAGCUCUUGUUCUUCCCUCGGCAUCCAAAUGGCCACUUGCCUCGGUAUUAGCUCGGAAUGCGAGUUAAGGCUCAGUCCCUGGGGACAGGUGCAGUGCACGGUACGGCUCUGCCCAGGUGGUCCCCUGGCAGCAACGGCUAUGUGGCGAGGGCACGUGCUUCCAUUAAACCCCCAGGUUCAUGCUGAGUCCUGCACGGGGGCCUGGCUCCAGCUGCCUGUCUGCAGAGGAGUGCUCACUUGCUCAGGGGGUGGCUUCCUUUUGAUCUUGGGGUGACACACGGCUCAGGCUGCAGGAUAGGGUUUUAUGCUGGCUGAGUAGAAGGCCACAGUUGAAAGUUUUUGCGUUACAGAAUCAAGUGAAAAAAUAUAUAUGCAAAUAACGUGCUUCUAUUCCGUAGAUUCCACUGUUGGCAGUUAAAUUUAAACACUAGGCUUCCUUCACCUCCCACUGUUCGGCUGAAGAGCUCUGGCAGUGUGUCGAUGCUGCUUCCUUCCACUCGGACACUUGAAACAAGCAGACUUGCCACCACCUCUGUACAGCAAUAACCGUGCAGGUCAUACCGUGGUUCAGUGUUAUGGAAUGUUGGCUGAUCCCCUGCAGGGGUGGCUGUGUGUACCUCGGAGCUGUGUGAGGAGACACGGGUCAUCUCUUCCCUGUUCCCCAGCGAGAAUGCUGCGGCUGUGUAAAGUCACAGAGAAACACUCGCUGGUGGAACUUGCGCUGUGUCUGGGUAACGUGGAAAUGGACUCUGUGGAUUUACUAUGGGCAGGGUGUGCUCUUUGCUGCAGCUCCUGUGUCUGGUUCUUAACAGUUUCAGAGUUUGUCGAGCUGUAAUCCCUGGGAGAGGCAUUCAGCCUCCAAGGAGCUCGCUGCCCCUGCCGCUGUAUGGGGGCGGCGUUGCCUCCAUCCACCUCUGCUAGAAUGUGAUGGUGAAGGCGUCAGUUGUGCUUUAGAACUCUGUAUCAGCUUCCAAACGGUUUUGAAACCUCUACUUGAAUUCAUAUUAAACUUAGAAACCUGCUGUCCCCUGG